CUGCAGCAGAGAUUCAAUAAGACAAGUACUGACAUGACUCCGGUUUGGAGGGACAGACGGAUGGAGGACAUUGUGGACUAUUUUACGUGCUGCUAUACCACAGAUUGGCAGACUGGAUGGGUUAAAGCCAGUCCACCUCUUCCUGCAGCAUGGUCAGCUCCUCUCCAUCCACCCACUUCCAGCCAGCCGAGGUGUUCUGCAUCUGGAGACCGAGCCAAAAGCUGCCUGUAUCUGAAGCAGUGACAUUGAGGAGAGUGAGGUACUGCUCCUCUGUGUUCAGGACAGCCAGGUCAAUGUAAUGCUGCUGACAGAACUCCCGGGCUUUGUACCAGGGCAUCAGUCUUUUGACCAGGACGUACUGAGGUACCAAGUUCAAGUGGAAACAAACCUGUUCUGGUGCACUUUCUGUGGAAGGACGUGCGCCUGCAGUGAGAGUGUGUGCUGUUAUCUUGGGUGAAUCAGCAGCUCGUGAAUUGGUAUAACUCUGAUCCGCCCUGAAACUUCUUCUCUGGAGCCCCCCCUCUCUCCUCCGGUUCGUUCUUCCCCCUCCAAGAUGGAGGCUUUAGGGGGCUACCCUGCCAAGUCCUCUAAUCCAAAAGCGAAAAAGUUGACAGUUCUGCUGAGCAUGACAGUCGGUGUGGGCUGUUUAUUCCUCCUGCAUACGCAGCUGGUGAAGCCCAACAAACCAAAGGAUUUUUAUUCUUUCGGGGUCAAAGACGCGAAGGGGAGGACUUUUUCUCUGGAGAAGUACCGAGGAAAAGCGUCUUUGGUUGUAAACGUGGCGAGUUUCUGCGAGCACACGGAGGCUAACUACAGGUCUCUGCAGGAGCUGCACAGGGAGCUUGGCACCUCUCAUUUCAACGUCCUGGCCUUCCCCUGCGGUCAGUUCGGGGACACAGAGACGGGUACCAGCCGAGACAUCGAGUUAUUCGCCAAGUCCACAUAUGGCGUCACCUUCCCCUUCUUCAGCAAGAUCAAAAUAAUGGGCUCAGAGGCGGACCCUGCUUUUAGGUUCCUCACAGAUUCUGUAAAGAAACUCCCGAAGUGGAACUUCUGGAAGUUUCUGGUGAAUCCGGAGGGGAAAGUGGUUCGCUUCUGGCGAACGGACGAGUCGAUGGAGAGUGUUCGACAAGAGGUGGCAACGCUGGUGCGAGAAAUCAUCCUGAAGAAGCGUCAGGAGCUAUGAUGGAAAGCUUACAUCAACCUAGGAGUGCACAGGACUCUGUGUUGUGUUCAUGUUUCCAGCAGAGGACUGACUGAACUCUGAACUGUUACCGUGAGUGUGGGCGAGUGAUCUCUCACUCCAAAUACGUACAAACAGGAGAAAUUCACUAGUUUUAGCCUCAAAGUCAAUGAAAGUCACUCACAGCUUGUCAAUGUGUGUGAGUCCGUGUGUGUGUGUUUGUGUGUGUGGGGACCAUCCUGUGUUUGAUGAGACAAUCAUGAUGAAAAUUCCUGAUAGAGACCACUGCUGCAGCUGAAGGAUUGUUUGGCAUUAAAUGUUGGAUUGUACAAAUGUUCAGUUAGACUCUACAUCUAUUUUAAUGUUUACAUCAAAAUAUUUCUUAAGAUCAUUUUUUUGGCUUCUUUAAACCAAUUCAAGCCCAGCAUAAGCCCACCCUACAAUAAAAUGGCUCUUUUGAUAAACACA